AUGAAGAACUCAUUAUCAUUAACAUUUCUCUUCCUCUGUUUUUUAAUCAACAUCACCCUAGUAGUUGAAGGUUUAGUUCCUCUCUCUAAAACUUUCAAGUUUGUAAAUCAAGGCGAGCUUUCAAAUGGAAUCUCAACAGAAAAUAAUGCACAAUUUCUUUCAGUUCCACAACUUGCAAAUUAUCCUUUCCAACUUUGUUUCUUCACCACCGGCAAAUCCGUAUUUACUCUUGGCUUGUCUAUGGGUUUUGGCAGCAGUGGUGCUCAAGCAAGAAAAGAUCUGCGGCGUUGGGUGUGGGCAGCAAACACAAACAGACCAGUUGGAGAAAAUGCUACCUUGACAUUCGGCCGCAAUGGGAACCUUUUCUUAGCCAACACUGAUGGGCGAGUCGUUUGGCAAACUCAAACUGCCAACAAAAACGUAACUGAUAUCAAAUUACUUUCAGAUGGAAACUUAGUCCUGCUCGACAAAAAUGUUGGAUUUGUUUGGCAUAGCUUUGAUUACCCUACUGAUACACUCUUGAAUGGUCAGGCAAUCAAUGGCGAUGGUUCAAACAAACUAGUUAGCGGAUCCUAUAGUAUGGUUGUGGAUUGGCAGUAUUAUCUAACUCUUUCCUUCAAGUAUAAGAAAGAACCACUUGUCAUUUACCAUACCUCAACCUAUUUCUUUGGCGACUUUGCAAAAGUAAGCUUUUUCACCAACAGCAAGGGCUUUGGUCUCUUUUAUGAAACUACUAGUGAUACAGUUAGAAGUGAAAAGCACGUAUGGGCACAACCAGGUUACGCCACCACUUUGUCGAUGCUUCGGCUAGACAAAGAUGGUAAUCUUCGUGCUUACACUUACAAUUGGUAUGCGAACACUUGGGAGGAUACAUUCUCAUAUUUCCCUUCGAUGCAGAGCGAGUGCAACUUGCCCGAGAAAUGUGGUGUUUUUGGACUUUGUAAGAACUCCAAAUGCGUUUCUUGUCCUUCGUCUAAAGGAUUAAUGGAUAGUUGGAGCAAGGAGUGUAAACGGGAAAAGAUACCUCUUUGCGAUUCUUCGAAGCUGGCAGAUUACUACAAACUGGAAGAUGUGUCAAGCGCCAUGCGAAGUUUUAAGGACCGAGAUUAUAAGAAAAUGACUAUCGAUGAGUGUAAGAUGAUAUGUAGCAAGGAUUACAAGUGUACCGGUUUCUUCUACAGAAAAAAUGAAGAUUCUUGCUUGGUCGCUACUACUGAAAUCUUUACCCUGACCAGUGACUACAACGGUCGCCAUGAAAUCGGCAUAAUAGAUCCUGAGUUUGAUACCUAUAUCAAGUACGCUAAAUAA